CCCACCCAACUAUUUAUACUAAAAUGAAGAAGUUUAAUUAAUGACUUUUUUUUUUCAUUUUAAAGAUUCAAAUCGAUAAUCAUUGAAAUUAUCAACAGUUUUGAUUGAUAAUGAACAAUUUCAUUUGAAGAAAGACUUUAUACUGCAUCAAAUGAAGCUGCUGAUUCAUAAAUGUUAUAUUUAAAAUUUCGUAAUUGCUUAAUAGGUUUAGAGUGACACAUAUUUUGAGUAGAGAUUCGUGAUUUUUCUGAUUUUUUUCUUCAUUUUAUCAAAUAAGUUGUUUUGCUUCUCAAAGUUCAGUUCUAUUGCAGCAUAAGAUGAGUCUAUGGUUAUUCAUUCGGAAAAUGUCUAUUAGCUCUUUCACAAUUUAAAAUAGACUCUUCAUCAAUGCAAAAAUCUGAAUAUAUGAAAGAUUGAAUUCGAAAAUAGUUUUUUUGUAUUUGAAGACAAUUAAUCUAAUUUGAACAAAAGAAAAAUAUUUUGUAAACUAUCGAAGAAUCUAACUCUAUUUUUCAGUUAACAAUAUUCAAUCAAUCUAUAUUAUCAGUUGAAAACGACAUUGGAUUUUUGCAAUAUUUAAAAUGAAUUGUUUGAGAUCAUCACAAAUAAUAUCUGUAAAAAAGAGAGUUCAUUUUUCAAAUCAACACUAGUUUCUUGUAAAUAGUAGAUCUAUCCGAAUGUUUGUCGAACUGAAUUGUUUCUUGCAUCAAAUAUCUCAUUGAAUUUUUUGUUCUGUGUUGUUCGAACAAACUCAUUUCUCGUCUUAGCUUCGUUCAGUCUUGUUUAAUAUUUUUUCGAUCUUUAUUGAUAAGUUAAUCUGCUACUGAUAUGAUCAUUUCUGAUGACAUAUUGUAAAUUGAAUUUUUCUAUCGUAUCUUAAGUAAACAUCAUUGAAAUAAUCUAUAUUGGAGUCAAGUCAAAUUAAAAUAUCAUAUAUAAUAAAUGCUUCAUUUAAAAAAAACAAGAAAAUGAUUCUUUUUCUUACAAAAUGAAAGACUAUUAGAAGAACUUAUAAUAAAAUUCGAAAUAAUAAAUCUUGAAAGUUACUAUUAUAGACAAGUUAAUUCUUAAAGAUAGACUAGAGAUUUUCUGUAGAUAGCUCAGAUUAUGAAAUUUUAUCUUCUUAAUUAUUGAUUUAGUCAUAAUGUUCUGAAGAACGCUCACAAAAAACUACUUAAUUCCGGAUCGACUGACAAAAAUUUGCUCGUAAUAGUUACUGAGAUUGAUUCAGCCUUAUCUAUACACAAGAUAUUGAUCUUACAGAUAGUCUUUCUAAUCUGUCGCUGGUUAAUAGACAUGCAUUUCAAUCCUUUGUAAUACUUUGACUCAGCUUUGGAUUACAACAUAAGAAAUAAUGUUUUUGUCUAAUAUUAAACUAAACUGUAUCGCGUUUUUCAUGUUAAUCCUUUAGAUUUUUUUCUGAAAAAUUUUUAAUCAAAAUCUAAUUAUUUAGAUGGUCAAUUAUUGAGUAAUUCAACAACAAAUACAACUCGUCAUAUUCAUCGAUUAUCAUCAACAACAAUUGAAAAUAAUUCUAAUGAUGAAAUAAUAAAUAAAGUUGUACAUGAUUUUGAAACAAAAAUUUAA